UGGUGUAUUACUUCAGACAGAAGUGAACUCCUGAACUACCAAAGCAGAUUAAUGUAGCCAGUAGGACCUCCUGGACCUGAUUCUGAUCCAACAGGAUUCAUUGUCUGUUCUUGUCACUUGCCGCCCAGUCGAUCUGGACUGUGUCCAAAAUGGGGUGAUGAAGGUCAACAACCAGCACAUUUAAAGAAUCCUCACGAACUAUGGCAGAUACAAGAAGUUCAAUCACCAACAGUUUCCUUAGUGCUUUUAUUAUUACAGUAACCAUCUGGUAUACUAUCCAGUCUUCUGUGGAAAAUGGCUUUACUGUGGACUAUUCCAACAGAUUCCUUGCUACAGUUCCUAAAAAUUUGCCAGCUCAGACAAUGAUGUUGAAUUUGUCACAAAAUACUAUAUCUGAACUUCAACUUUCAGAUUUUAGGAAUCUUUUCAAAUUGCAGUUAUUAAUUCUGUCUCAUAACCUCAUCCAAGAGCUUGACUUCAGUAUAUUCCAGUACAAUGAAGACUUGGAAUAUCUUGAUCUUUCCCACAACAACUUGUCGACUCUUUCUUGCCAUCUCGUUGCAAGUCUCCAGUAUCUAGAUCUCUCAUACAAUAACUAUACAGCCAUGCCCAUUUGCCCAGAAUUUGGCAAAAUGUCGAAGCUGGAACAUCUUAGCCUCAGUGCUAGAAGAAUAGAGAAAUCAGAUUUCAGUGUUCUUGCUCAUUUACAGCUGGAUUUUCUGUUUUUGGACUUAGAAGAUCUCUCUGAAUAUGGAAAACUUCCAGUUUUUAACACAAAGAGCCUUUGGAUUGCACUCCCCAAGAAUAGAGAAUUCUCCAUUUUGUUGGAUCUAGAACUCAGUGUUAUAGAACAUUUAGAACUUUCAAAUAUCCAAGAUAAACAGGUCCAUGACCUUAAAACAUUUUUGUCAAAUCUGAAAAAAAGUGGAAGAUUGCUCAACUUAACAUUGAAUAAUGCACAAUGCACCUGGGAAGAUUUCACGGACAUUCUUCAGAAUGUGUGGGAAUCAACCAUAGAAUAUUUUGAAGUAUCCAACAUGGGAUCAUUGGAGGCUCCUAAUACAAUACCUUUUAAUUAUACUGAAACUUCGCUCAAAGCAUUGACAAUAAAGCAGACUACGAUCACAACAUUUCGUUCUGACCCAAAACAUAUGUAUACACUAUUUUCAGAGAUGAAUAUUACAGCCUUGACCAUUUCUGAUGCAGGUUUGAUACACAUGCUUUGCCCUUUAAAACCUACUCAUUUUACCUACAUAUGUUUUUCAAAUAACAGUAUAACAGACAGCAUUUUCAAAGACUGCAAUAACUUAACCCAUCUAGAAACACUUAUUUUACAAAAGAAUAAGCUCCAACUACUCACCAGAGUGAGUUGGAUGACUAGUCUCAUGAAGUCCCUGAAAGUUAUGGAUGUGAGUCAGAACUCCUUGCGAUAUGAAAACAGUGAGAAGUGCCACUGGGGAAAAAAUCUGAUUAAUUUGAAUUUGUCGGCCAACAGGUUGUCCGAUUCAGUCUUUAGAUGUUUACCAGUCAAUAUUCAGGUGUUAGAUCUACAAAAAAACCAAAUUUCAAGCAUCCCUAAAGACAUUAUUGAGCUGAGCCAUUUGGAAGAGCUAAAUUUGGCUUCUAAUAAACUAACUGAUUUGCCUGGAUGUGGUCAGUUUAGAGGUCUGAGAUUGCUAAAUGUAGAAAGGAAUUCAGGUUUCUUUCAGUCUUCUGAAUUUUCCCAAAGCUGUCAGAAUAUCAAAAGACUAAAAGCAGGACACAAUCCAUUUACAUGCUCUUGUGAAUUAAGACAGUUAAUUAACCUUGAAAAACAAGGAUUUGUGAAAUUUGUUGGUUGGCCUGAGUCUUAUGUGUGUUCAUCUCCAGGAGUCUUAGAAGGAACCCUUUUAACAGAUUUCCAUAUUUCUGAGUUUGUUUGCAGUACGACUCUUCAGGUGGUUGUAUUUUUAAUGAUUGCAUUAGUCUUAGCAGCUGCCGUUUCCUUCUUGUGCUUCCGUUAUGAUGUCCCAUGGUAUUUGAAGAUGAUUUGGCAGUGGACUCGAGUAAAACACAGGGUUUGGAAGAAGAAGCCUGAAGGCAUGAUUGACAAUGUACAGUUCCAUGUUUUUAUCUCCUACAGUGAACGUGAUUCUGACUGGGUGAAAAAUGUCCUGAUUCCAAACCUGGAGAAAGAGGAUGGGUCUGUACGGAUCUGCCAACAUGAGAGGAACUUUAUUGCAGGCAAGAGCAUUGUUGAGAAUAUCAUAGACUGCAUUGAGAAAAGUUACAAGUCAAUCUUUGUGUUGUCUCCCAAUUUUGUGCAGAGCGAAUGGUGUCAUUACGAGCUGUACUUUGCUCAUCACAGGUUGUUUAAUGAAAAUGCAGAUGGUUUAAUCCUCCUCUUGCUGGAAUCAAUCCCUGCGUACAUCAUUCCUGCCAGGUACCACAAACUGAAAGCUCUCAUGGCUAAGAGAACCUACUUGGAGUGGCCAAGGGAGAAGAGCAAGCAUGGACUUUUCUGGGCUAAUCUGAAGGCAUCUAUUAAUAUUAAACUUCCAAGCAGUGAAGUCAUGGAGUAUUUGUAGAUUAAAAGUCAGUUUGUAUUAUUUGA